GUAUUUUUGUUAUUUUAGGGUUUUGGUUUUGUGACAUUUUUAACAAUAGCAGAUGGUUUGAAAGCUAUGGAUGAAAUGAAUGAAAAAAUUGUGGAUGGACGCCGAUUAGUUGUUAAUUAUGCGAAACCAAAACAAAAGCAUAUUGUUCAGCCAUACUACACAGAAGAACCAAAAACAACUCGUACUAAACAACUGCCCGUAUUACCAACGAAAUUUGUUCCCUCUUUUGCUACACCUCCUCCACCUCGUCGUCAACAAUUAAUUGUCGCUUCUCAAUCAGCAAGUUGUGCAUCAACUCCCACACGUGCUCAUCAAUACUGCCCUCAAUUAGAACGUCAUCAUUAA